CUGUAAGCAUGCAUGCAAAAGUCUUUAAAGUGUACAUUAAGGAAUUCGUAGCAUAAACCUAAGGUAUUAUAUAGACAGUGAAUGCAAGCACUUUUCAAAAAUUUAUAAGCUAGACCUAGCACAUCCUAAACUAUCAUGGCUGCCAGUGCUCCUACUUGGGGCGAAUCUAUAAGCCACCAAGAUCUGGACCAUACUGGUAUCGGCAGUGAGAGUGCAGAAUUUAAAGAGGUAAUCAAAAAUUUGUCACCUACGGGGAGGAAAAAAGUUUUUGAUUUUGCAAAAAAACUUGAAUCAUCUCUAACAGAAUCUAUUUCAAUUCUCAUGACCGGAAAAACAGGAAGCGGAAAGUCUACGCUAACAAAUGGAAUUCUGGGUACCAAGCUGGCUGAAGAAGGUGCAAGCAUCACAACACGUUGCACAACCGAAGUGCUUAAGUAUCAAACGAUGAGAGACAAGAUCAACGUGACUGUUUGGGACAGUCCUGGAUUGCAAGAUGGCACAGAAAAUCAAGAAGAGUAUCUCCAGCAAAUGGUAGAAAAUUGUUCUAAAGUUGACAUUACACUCUAUUGCAUCAAGGUCUGUGAGACAAGAUUCGUCCGUGGCCUGGAAAAUCCGGAUGUAGUCGCUAUGACAAGACUCACCGAAGCAUUUGGCCCAAAAUUUUGGAACAACUCUAUUAUUGUUCUAACGUAUGCCAACACUCUUCAGGCAUUCAAUGUGGAAUGGGAAGAUUUGUCGAAAAAGAAGAAAGAAGAAGCCUACAAAGCCAAGAUCAAAGAAUGGGAAGAACAGAUCAAAGCGAUCCUGAUAGAAGACAUUGAGAUUCCAAAAGAUGUCGUAGAUGGAAUUAAAGUGAUCCCAGCUGGGCACUACCGCAAAGCAAAACUUCCUGGUUUUGGCUACUGGCUCUCACUCCUUUGGUUCGAGUGUGUGAGCACAAUUCCCAACAAAGAAACUCGCCUCAGUAUGCUAAAAAUAAACAAGAAUCGUCUCAAGAGAGAAAAUGAUGUGAAAAAUGAUGACUUUCAGAAACCACUGGAGGAACAGCCGUUAAUUAUAUCAGAGAGCAUGAUGAAACGCAUGAUGAAGGAUGGCGGCCGUAUUGGAUUCCAACUCGGGGAGUUUUUAGCUGGUCCGAUGGGUGCAACAGUAGGUGCUGGAGCUGGUGCAGUUGUAGGAGCCCUGGCAGGAGUGCUUAUUGAAUAUUUUACAGGAUGACGAAGAUAUAAUAUUGCACAAUGAAAACACUUGUAAAGACACUGUACCCAUGCUUGUGUAUAUAUAAUAUAGCUCUUUCGGACUAAUAUACACUGAGUCAUGAAUAAUUUAAAUGGUUGUUGUUA